AUGGCCCAUCAAAUGCGGGAAGUAUGCAGUCUCAAGCCAGACGCCUGUCUAAACCCGAAGGAGUUCGAGCCUGGCACUACACUUUGCGGAUACUGCGAAAAGAUGGACCCGAGCGUACUCAAGCUCAAUCUAUAUCUCAGCCGUCGAGUUGACAAAUCCAGCGAAGACCUAAUUGCGCAAAUGGCUCCAAAGGCGGAAGCAGCCAGGCAAGAUGCUAUGAAAGAAUCCAAACUUGUCUGCGCCAUGAGAAAUCCUAGGUUUUAUGGACAAGAAUGGCGAACGAAGUUCCGGCCUCUGACUGGAGAGCCAUGCGUAUUACUCGAUGCUCCUGGAGCCGAUGAAGGUCGUCUAUGUGCAACUUGCAUGGCCCACGAAAUUCCAAAAGAUUCCGACUGGGCAAAAGAUUAUAUCUUGCGGCCCAGCGACACGAAGGGCAAACAUCCGUACGCCCGUAUCAGGUUCGAUUGCGUGUGGAAUCGCCCAAAACCAGCUGGAUUUGAAUACCCAGAUGGAGACUUCCGAAAGUCGUGGGUCAGCAAAUUACAUUGUGUCGGGGAGAACACCUACACCAAGUAUCCAAAUGCCAUGUGCGAAUGGCACCAAGUUGCGCUGAUCAACUGGGAGAAUGACUACGGCCUCGCUAGCAGACGUUUCCAAGAAUACUUCUGGCGCGAUGGCAGACUCAAGGAGGACUAUCCCGAAGAGGAGUUGGCACCUAGGGUGCCUGGCCAAAUUCCAUUCGAACAGUGGGAGGUCUGCCAUCCUGAUGUUAUUUUCAAGAAAGGGGACGGCAUUCCCGUCUAA